AUGCAAGACAAUUUUGCACACAGUCCCGAGAUCAUGAAACCCCAACAAAACAUGUUGCCUCACAUUGAAUAAUUCACUCUGCAGUAGUUAGCUAAAAAAAAAAAUAUUAAUUUCAACGUGAUGCUCUCAUUACCGGUUUAAUAUUAGAUUUCUAUUUGCAGUUUCUCCUGAAAGAUAAGGCUUUAGAGGACAGAAAGGAUACUAUUGCCAUUUAUCGAAAACGUAAAUUUGAGCCUCUGAAGCCUGAGAAGCAUAAGGUGACUUUGAUAAACAAUGGUCGCAUUCAUUGUCCUGAAUUUUGGUCGGAUAAAUAUCAGAGCACUGCUUUAAGAGAUUCACACAUUAGCAGAAACCUAGAGAAAUAUAGACAGAACAUAAAAAAUAACAUCUAAGAAUAUUUAGUAAAUUUUGAUGUGCAAGCUAAAAAAUAAAUGGAAGAAGCAAAAAAGUAUUAAUUUAAUAAAAUUCAAGAAUUAACUUUAAAGAAAUCUUCAAAAAGCAAUCUUCUAACUCAGAUGAAGAACCAGCACCAUCAAAUAAUGAGUUAAAUCUUAGUUAAUGCACUCAAGAUGAAAUUAUUAACUACUACAGAGAUGUAAAAAAGAAGGUUCCUCUUCCUGUCUAAAAAAUAAAUUUGAAGAAUCUUGAGAAGAUUGAUAAUCCUAUUAGUAGUAGUGUUAAAUAAAGUUUUAUUGAAAAAUUCCAUAAGGUUAUUAGUAAUUGUGAUAGAAAUUCAAGUGUAUCUUAUAGAAAUUCUGUCGAUAGCAUUAAGUAUUAUACAUAAUUAUAAUUUAGCACUUGUGGAUAACCAAAUCAUAAGUUAAGGAGUAAAAAUGCCUUGGGUAGCAAAACCAGCAGAAGCCAUUAUAAUUGA